UCCGCCUCUUCUCCCCUUCGACGGCGCCAUUGACAAGUUCAUUUGGAUUUCGUAACGAAAUGAUAAAGAGGAGAUUCUAUAAGCUUGAUCACGGUGAUCGUGAUGCGUCGAAUGCGUCGUCUUCAUCUUCAGAAUCCGAGGUUGAAGUUGAAGCUGAAUCUACUGAAGAAUCAGAGGAUGAUGAAAUAGUUGAAGUGAAACAGGAUGAUGAUGAAGUUGGCUCUACGUCUUCUGGGUAUGAAAGUGAGGAUAGUUCUGCGAAUGAUGUUAAUGUGAACUCAGCAGGUCUGCUAUCUAGUGAAGAUGAUGCUGGAACUAUAAAUGAAAGACAAAUUCUUAUUAACAGGGAGUUACCUAGUCAAUCUGAUUUGGAAAAGUCUAAUGUUUUGGCUGAAAAGAAAUCCUUACCAUCAGCUAUGCCAUCCUAUGUCUUAAAAUGCAAAUCGGUAUUUAAGUGCAGGAUAUGUCCUCGGAUUAUUUGUUUGUCUGAGGACACCUUGCGGGAUCAUCUGCAGUCAAAGAGACAUGCUCGAUCCGAAAAACUACUUAUUGAAGGUAGACUUAAGGCUAUGCUUAACAGUGAUGGGGAAAUUGAGGACCAAGAGGUCUCAGAGAUCCAAACCAAUGAUACUGAGGAUAAUGCAAAGAAGAAUUACAAAGGACCGAAGCAGCAUGAAAAGAGAUUGAGAAAGAAGAAGAGUGACAAAGCUAACACAAGAAAAAAGCUAUCAACAAAGGGGCCAACCAAGAGAAGGCGAAAGAAAUGAGAACUCAAUGUGUAGUUUUCACCGUUGCGUGGAGCAAAUUUUCCCACUACUACCAAUUGCCUUAGGGUGCGUAGUCAGUGUAGUCUGGUACAUGCUCUCCAGAUGGCACCUUUUGAACCCUGUAAUCCUUCCCCUUCUGUUUGAUAGUUUCCUCUUUCUCCAUCCCAUUUGAAUUGUUCAAUAUUGCUCUCCUCUUCCUACAAUGUCAGAUCAUUUGAUUUAGUUUUUUCUUUCUCUCUUUCUAUUGAGCAUAUUCACGUAGCCAACUUCACAGUUGCCAUGUAAAUUGUAAAAAUUAUUCAGAUGAUAUAUCGAUGUUAAAUUGGCAUUGU